UGUACUGGACGCCCUCGUGCUAAAUCUAAUUACUUAAACUAAUUACUACAGGUCUAAUAACUUUGGUAUGCUCUGCAAUAUUGUGUUCCUUAUUCUCGAUGUAUAAUAUAUAGCAGAGGAGGUUGGGGAACACAGGACCUACACCCUGCUCUUGGUUACUAGUGCUAUCAUCCACAAUUCAAGCAUGUAAAUGCACAAAGAGAGAUCUCUCCUGAAGAUGUUUCCACAAUCAGGGAAAUCGAUUGUCUUUGACAACUUUCCAGAUCCAACUGACACCUGGGAAAUCAUCGAGACAAUUGGGAAAGGGACGUAUGGAAAAGUCUACAAGGUGCUCGACAAACUUGAUGGAAGUAAAGCAGCUGUAAAGAUACUGGAUCCCAUCCAUGAUAUCGAUGAGGAGAUCGAAGCAGAGUACAACAUCCUCAAAGCUCUUUCUGACCACGCAAAUGUUGUCAAAUUCUACGGGAUGUACUACAAGAAGGAUGUAAAAUGUGGAGAUCAGUUGUGGCUCGUAUUGGAGCUCUGCAAUGGCGGCUCUGUGACAGAUCUGGCCAAAGGCAUGCUGAAGAGAGGAGACAGAAUGGAUGAAGCCAUUAUUGCCUACAUCUUGCACGAGGCCCUCAUGGGCCUCCAGCACCUGCACAUCAACAAGACCAUCCACCGUGACGUCAAAGGCAAUAACAUCCUGCUGACGACACACGCAGGGGUCAAACUGGUGGAUUUUGGUGUUUCUGCCCAGCUGACAAAUACCCGCCUGAGGAGGAAUACCUCUGUGGGAACUCCCUUCUGGAUGGCUCCUGAGGUAAUCGCAUGUGAGCAGCAGCUGGACUCCACCUACGAUGCUCGUUGUGAUGUCUGGUCCCUCGGCAUCACUGCCAUAGAGCUGGGAGAUGGAGACCCACCCCUCUCUGACCUCCACCCAAUGAGAGCCCUUUUCAAAAUACCCAGAAAUCCUCCGCCUACUCUCCACCAGCCGGAGCUUUGGUCAGACGACUUUAAUGACUUCAUCUGCAAAUGUCUGAUUAAGGACUUUGAGCUGAGACCAAAUGUGCUAGACCUGCUCCAGCAUGUGUUCAUCAAACAGAUUGUUGGCAGAGAGAAAAUACUGCAGAAACAAUUGAUUGAACUCAUUGAUCUCAACCAACAAAUAGGAGUCAUUGAAAAAACAAGCCAUCAUGGAAAGACAGACAGAAGCACAGACAGUAAUGACAGUUCUAGGCAUGAACGCAUCCACACUAAAAGAGGAGGCCACAUGAAGACACAGACUGACCCAGAUGAGGUGGACGACCUCGCCACCCUAGAGGUUCUAGACGAGAACAUAGUCGCAGAGAAGCUUCAGAUCCGCUAUGGAAGAGAUCAAAUUUACACGUAUGUGGGAGACAUCCUCAUCGCAGUCAAUCCUUUCCAUAAGAUGGAGAUAUACACUCCUCAGUACACUAAGAUGUACAUAGGAGCUAAGCGUACAGCUAACCCACCACACAUCUUCGCUGUGGCUGACGUGGCCUACCAGUCCAUGGUGUCAUACAACACAGACCAGUGUAUUGUGAUCAGUGGGGAAAGUGGAGCUGGGAAAACAGAGAGUGCUCAUCUGUUGGUGCAGCAGCUGACGGUUCUUGGGAAGGCCAAUAAUCAAACACUCCAAGAGAAGAUCCUGCUGGUCAACAACCUGGUGGAGGCUUUUGGGAACGCCUGCACUGUCAUCAAUGACAACUCCAGCCGCUUUGGCAAGUACCUGGAGAUGAAGUUCACUUGCGGAGGAACGGUUGUCGGAGCGCAGAUAUCUGAGUACCUGCUGGAGAAAUCCAGAGUCAUCCAUCAGGCAGUAGGGGAGAGGAACUUCCACAUCUUCUACUACAUUUAUGCUGGCCUGGCUGACAGGAAGAAACUAGCCCACUACAAGCUCUCUGACAGCAAAACACCUAAGUAUCUGUGCAACGAGCACAUUAAAUUAGGGCCUGACAUAGUGAGCAACACCUUCUACAAAGAGCAGUUUGAUGCAGUGGAGCAGUGUUUCAAAGUCAUUGGAUUCACCCUGGAGGAGCUGGGCAGCGUUUACAGCACUCUGGCUGCCAUCCUCAACUCCGGCGAUAUCGAGUUUUCUCCGGUUGCCACGGAGCACCAAACUGACAAGAGCGACAUCACCAACAUUUCUGUCCUGGAUAACGUGGCAUCACUGCUGUGUAUCCGCUCAGACGAGCUCCAGGAAGCCCUGACCUCCCACUGUGUUGUGGCCCGGGGAGAGACAAUCGUCAGGCCCAACACGGUGGAAAAGGCGGCAGAGGUGAGGGACGCCAUGGGCAAGGCUCUCUACGGCCGCCUCUUCAGCUGGAUUGUCAACCGCAUCAACUCGCUGCUGCGGCCCGACAGCAUAGGAGAGGAUGACAAGGGCUUGAACAUCGGCAUCCUGGACAUCUUUGGCUUUGAGAACUUCAAGAAGAACUCUUUUGAGCAGCUCUGCAUCAACAUCGCCAAUGAGCAGAUCCAGUUUUACUUCAACCAGCACAUAUUCGCUUGGGAACAGGAUGAGUACCUGAACGAGGAGGUGGAUGCUCGGAUGAUUGAGUAUGAGGACAACCGACCCCUCCUGGACCUGUUCUUACAGAAGCCCAUGGGAAUGCUCUCACUUCUGGAUGAGGAGAGUCGCUUCCCACAGGCCACCGACCAGACCCUCGUAGAGAAAUUUGAAGAUAACCUCAAGACUAAAAGCUUCUGGAGACCAAAGAGGGUUGACCUUGGCUUUGGUAUUCACCACUACGCCGGAAAGGUGAUUUACAAUGCUUCAGGCUUUUUGGCCAAGAACAGGGACAUGCUACCAGCCGACAUUGUCCUGCUGCUGAGGUCGUCAGAAAACGAGCUCACUCGCAAGCUGGUCACCCACCCCCUCACCAAAACAGGCAACCUUGCCCACACCAAGGGUAAAGGCAUAAACACAAUGCGCAGCCCGCGGACCCCGACACGCACCAUCACCUUCGCCAAGAUGGGAGUCCUAACUUUAUACAGUUCUUUUUCUUUUAGUGAGCCUUCUCGGAAAUUAAAGCACACUCCUGAAAAAAAAAGCUUGCUUCAUGCACCUCUCGAUGACACAGUGCAAAUGCAAACGCCAGGAGAACCUGGAGACACGCCUUACCACCCAAGAGAAACCACCAACAUGAGAACGCAGACAGUGGCCUCCUAUUUCAGAUACUCUCUGAUGGACCUGCUGUCCAAGAUGGUGGCAGGGCAGCCUCACUUUGUUCGCUGUAUCAAACCAAACAACGAUCGGCAGUCCAACAAGUUUGACCGGGAGAAGGUCCUAGUUCAGCUGCGAUACACUGGAGUUCUGGAGACUGCCAAGAUCAGACGACAGGGCUACUCUCACCGGAUCCUGUUUGCUAACUUCAUAAAGAGGUACUACAUCCUAGCUUUCCAUGCUCAUGAGGAGCCAGCUGCGACUCAAGAAACAUGUGCUGCAAUCAUGGAGAAGGCCAAGCUGGAGAACUGGGCAAUGGGGAAGACUAAGGUGUUCCUCAAGUACUACCACGUGGAACAUCUGAACCUGAUGGUGCAGCAGGCCACACAACGGAUCAUUCUACUCCAGGCUUACGUCCGAGGCUGGCUGGGAGCGAAGCGUUACCAGCGGACAUUAAAAGAGCGAGAGCAGAGUGCUCUGGUGCUGCAGUCAGCCUACAGGGGUCAAAAGGUUCGGAAGAGGGUGGCUGAUGAAAAAAGCAAAGCAAAGUUUGAGGCCUUCAUCACCCAGUUUCAAGCUGUUUGCAGGGGCUAUCUUGCAAAAAAGAAAUACAAGGCGUUGGUCGAUGAGAAGAACAAAGCUGCAACCAAGAUUCAGGCCCGCUACAGAGGGCACAAGGAAAGGAAAAGCUUCAAAAGAAAACAGGAAGCCAAAGAGAAAGAGAAGGAAGAGAAAGCCCUUAAAGAAAAAGAGGAAGAGACUACUGAACCAGAUAAGAUUACCAAUGAAGAAAAUGCCCCUGCUCCUGACAACGAAGCCAAGAACGAUGAAGAGGAAACUAAGGCGGCUGUGGUUCUCCAGAGCAACUACAGGGGCUUUAAAGAGAGAAAAAAGUUUAAGGAGAGGAAAAAGACGAUGGCUGGGGCUGAAUUAGAGCUACCACCAAAUGCAGUACAAGAGGGUGGGCAAGAGCCUACAGGCAGCAAGGUGGAGGAAGGAGAACAAACAGCUGAUAAACAAGAGGAGAAUGAGGAAGAUGAAGAAAGCACUUAUGAAGCAGAGGAGAAUGAUGACAGUGAUCACACACAGGUGCCAGAAGAUGAUGAACAUACAGAAGUGACAGAUGAAGCAGUGAUUGAGGACGCACCUGCUGCAGAUGCUGGAAAAGAAGGGCAGGAGGCAAACAAGAAGGAGGAGAUUGGACAAGAAAAGGCUGCGGGUGAAGAGGUUGUCAAAGUUGAAGAAGAAACCAAGGCUGCCACUGUUCUCCAGAGUAAUUUCAGAGGUCACAAAGAGAGGAAGAGGUUGCAGGAAGAAGGCAAGAUCCCAGCUAAGAAACAGAAAGCCAAAACUGGUGAAGAAGAAGUGCCCACAGUGAGCAGCCCUACAGCUGCAGAGGAAAUCACAGAAAAAGACGAAUCAACGGAAGCUGAAGAUGUAGCAGGUGUUUCUUCAGUUGAUAUCCAGUUAGAAGACCAAGAUGAGACCAAAGCAGCUGUGGUGCUUCAGAGCAACUUCCGCGGCCACAAGGAGCGCAAACGACUCGAGGAGGAAGGAAAGAUCCCUAAGAAGAGGAAGAAGGAAAAGGAAGUAACACCAGAACCUCCAAUAGAAGAAGAGCAGGUAAUGCAGACAGAAGAAUCAGUGCCAGAAUCCCAGUCGGGGCCUUCUGCAGAGAACCCGGAGGGACUGGAUGAGGAAAAAGCUGCUACUGUCCUCCAGAGUAAUUUCCGAGGCCAUCGGGACCGAAAGAAACUGAAAGCAGAGAGAGAAACGCAGCAGAAAACAAAAGAAGAAGUUGCCAAUGAUGCAGAAGAGGAAACUAAAGAAGAGGCAGGGGAGGAGGUUGUGGAUGUUACUGACGUGGUGAUAGAGCGCAAAGAGGAGACAGAUGCUGAAAAAGAGAGACUGGAGGAAGAGCAGGCUGCAGUGAAGAUCCAGAGUAACUUCAGAGGGUACAAGGACAGGAAGAACCUGAAAGCCAACAAGCAAACAGCGCAGUCAGAAGCUGCGCAACUAGAGAGCUUCUCGAAAGAGAUCAAAAAGACUUCUCAGGAUUUUCUGGCCCUGCAGCAUAAGUUAAAUGAGAUCAUCCAGGCCCAUCAAUCAAACCCAGAGAAAAAUGGCAUGUUUGUGAGAGGAAAAGCAAUCAAUGGCAUUGCUCCCCCGAAUCAGCAAUCAACUGACAAGAGAUUGUCGAGGACCCCCCGCAGAACCCAGCAGCCAAAGACCCUUAACACACCAGAGGACUCCACCUAUUACAACUUGAUUCAUAGGUCUGUCCAGGAUGAUAAACGCAAGCCCAGGAAAGAGGAUCCAGGAAAGCUGCUGGAUGUGGAUGACCAGUACUACCGGGAACUACCCACCAGCAGGUCUGAACCAUGCAUCUCCACAGAGGACACUUCCCUCAGUGACAUCCCUGAGAUGAGCCAGCCUGCAGAGCUGAGACCAGACGCUGCCAGCAGACCGACCAGAGAGCGGGCCAUCACUGACCCAGAGCCUCCCAAACCUGCCAGUGACAACAGACGCUCUGUUCCCAGAAUGCCCUCCACGGAGAGCCAUACUGACGACAAUCCGUACGACUUCCGACAUCUACUGAGGAAGACCUCCCAGAGACGGAAGCUCAUCAAACAGUACUGAACACAGGAUUCAACUCUUUAGCCAUUUGACAUGCUGCAAUCUGUUAGCAUGUAUCAUGAUCUAUGAUAUAUGAGUAUUUGAUUCAUCACAGCUUAAUCAAAAACCUUAAAACUGUUUAUGGAAAUGAAAUCACUGACUGCAAGGAAAUGUAAAUAAUGCUUCACGCUUAAAACUUGCUGUAAAUGAAGGUUUUAUUUAUGUGAUUUGUAAACUAGACAUUGCUACUUUUGCUCAUUUUCCUGUAUUUUCAGUUUACUUUCAAUGCUGUUUGUUAAAUGUUGUGCUUGAGGUUGUCAAUAUCCAUUUAAACAUCUGAUGGAAUUGUGUAAAAUAUCUAUAGCUCAUGUAAAUAAAUAAAGAAAGCCAUGCUCUUACACUUGAAUACUUUGCUUUUCCAUCCAUUUUGAAGGACUUAUCUUUGGAAAAUCAGCUUCAGUGUUGUCAUGAUGUAAGAAAUGUACAUUGUCUUCUCUGCUUUGUUCAUUUAAACAUAAAAUAUAUCAAAUUCA